UGAACUGGGUUCUGCUGUUCCUUCCUUUCCAAAGGCUAGAACAACCAUUUUGUCCUUGCAUACAGCAAAUGCACCGUUCAAAACACGCCGUUUUAAGAGUCGUCAAUUACCGAUACGUUUUGUAUUUUCGCCCGUCCGCAAUCGUUGCGUUUUACUGAACUGUACAAUCUCAGGACAGAUCGUACCAAUUUUAAUAUUAUUUUAAGGUUUCUUGUAAAGAUUGGUAUUGCUUUUUAGCGGAAUACUCCAGAAAUACUGUAUCAAUUCUAACAUUACGCUGACAUAGUUGAUUCGCACAGGAUUAAAAAGACAGAAUGCAUGUUACUGGAAACGAAGUAACUGACUGUAUAAUUCUAAAAUAACACACGCCAUGCCCUUUUUGUGUAGAGGAAAGAAUAGAAAGGGGAAUCCCGAUUGCGCAGUACAACCGGCUAUAUUUAAAGCAGCACUACAGGUGCUCAGGAGCAGCAUUUACAGCGUGGUUACGAUGCAAAACUAUUUGGUGUUCUAUUCGGUACUGUUUCUGAUACCAGAAGCCCUUCUCACACCACCUACAUACCAGUGGAAUGGUGUCACGUGUCAACAGUGUCCUCCCGGCACCUUUGUGAAACAGCACUGUACGAGGGAAAAGGAGACUCAGUGUGAGGCUUGUCCAGCCUUGUAUUACACGCAGUACUGGAACUACGUGGAUAAGUGCAGGUACUGCAAUGUCUUCUGUGCGGAGAAACAAAUCGAGACGCAGCAGUGCAAUGCCACUCACAACAGGGCGUGCGAGUGCGAGUCAGGGUAUUACCUGGACUUUGAAUUCUGCACGAAGCAUUCUCCCUGCCCACUUGGAUCUGGCGUCGUCAAAAACGGAACACCAUACCAUGACGUAACAUGUGCACCCUGUGAGGAAGGCUAUUUCUCAUCAAAGAGCUCCAGCACACAGCCAUGCCAGAAACACAAGGAAUGUGGGGAAGGCUUGCUAGUGUCGCUUCGGGGGAGUGAGAGCCAUGACACUUUGUGCACUACCUGCGAUAAAUAUGAGACAAACAACGGGACAGUUGAAGAUACUGCAGGAAACAAGGACUGUGACAUGGCUGUGGUGCAGUUUGUGGCUUAUCAGAAUAUUCACCCAAGGAAGCUAAGAAGACUGCUUCACUUGACCAGACACUAUGUAAAGAGGGGGGCUGAAGAGAAAGGGCAUCUCAGUCAGAAGCAUUUGAUAUCCCUGCUCUCCAGUAUUGAACAAAGUCUAAACGGAACACCAUUCAUUAAUGUGAUCCUCCCAGUGCUAGAAAAGGCAAGGUUGCACAACAUAGCAAAAAAAGUGAGGGGGCGCUUUCUCAAUUAAAUAACUAGUUACAUAACAGUCUGUUCUUCAUUGUUGUGAAUGACGCUGCAUAUUCGAAUGAUUGAUUUCCCCUUUUUACAACAAAUGAGAAAAUAAAUAUGAUAAACAAAGUGGCGGAUUGUGUUUAUAUCCCCAGUAGAAAGAAAAGAGCGAACCCUAGCCUUGUCAAUAGAAGACAGAGUCACAGUAUAAACAGCCUUCAGUUGUUGAUUGUUACAAGACCACUACACAUAGCCAGGUUUGCUUCUAUAAGCUAAAUUAUGGAACAAUGUAGUAAAUAUACAUCAAAGAAUUAUAUUCUAGUAUAACUUAAAACAAAUAAAAAAUAUAUUUUUAACAUAUCACAUAUGUUACAUACAUCCUUUAUACUUUUUGUGUGAAUGUAUCUGUAUAAAACAGAUAAGUUGUAUUAAAAUCUUAUAAAUUGAGGGACAAUUUUAAAGAAUGUGCAAAGGUUAUUUUUCAGUUAUGUAAAAUGUAUAGAUAUAAAGUUACUCCUAACAGUAUAUUAACCAUAUCCAUGCUUGUAUUCCAUUUUUAUUCCCUUCAGAAAGUGUCUGUUUGCACUUGCUUCAAAAUCAGACCCUAAAGCUCCAACCCUUUCAACACUGCAGACCAGUGUACAAGUCCAUCUCUUUUCUGCAGAUCGCUUUAGUGAUAUAGAAAGUUGUCUACUCAGUGGUGAAAAAGUUCAAGGUUGAAUGUUUUAUAACUAUUUUUAAAUAAAGUAAUAUAUAAGUUGUUUAGAUUGGUAACACAAUAAGCUAACAUUACCAGAGGGCAUUAUUGUAUAUUUUCUGUUUAACAUAUUAGUGUAAAAACAUUGCGUAAAAGUUGUGACAAAGAAUAAAUAAAUACGAAUAAGGUCUUAGCUGACCCAGCUAGCAUUUAGGUAAUUUGAGAUUGUUAUGGGCUUAAAUCAUGAUUUACAUUUUAGUGUUUAGUUAUCAAAAGAAAGUAACUUAUGACUGAGUUAACUGUAAUAUUUAAGUAGUAUGUUCACUCACAUAUUACUUAUGGCUUCUUAAGACUGCUGAAUUAUACAUUUUAUCUCACUUCAUAGUUUUACCUGCCAUUUCAAAUGUCAUCCAAAUGUUAUUUAUUUUACCAUUAUAGCAAAGUAAACUAUUUUUGUUACCAUCAAAGUUCCAUGUCUCUUUUUAUCCAAUAAUGUGUUGAAAUGGUCUCUUCUUGAUGCUGAUUAACUGUGGGUAUCUACCCUCUUAGGUACUGGGUUUAGCACUCAGAAUGCCUAAUAUCUCACUUCACAUUAGCAGGGCUAUUAGAUUGCCUUUUCAUUAGCUCUAAUAUCACUUCUAUAUUGCAUCAUAUUUGCUUUUGGUUUCCAGGUUAAGAUUGAAAUAUGAUGCUUCACUUUUGGCACAAAACUAUAUUCUUCAAUUAACAAUUUUGAGUAUUGUUUAAUAACAAUUGACAUUGUCCUUUAGUUUGCUGUUGGACAUUAGUCAAUUUUACUACCUUUAUUUAAACCCAGCAUGGUAAAUUUACAUUACACAGUAUUCCUGUGUCACACAUGCAGAGUACCAUACCUUUCUUUGUUUUACCAUGCUUGCUAUUAUUUGACCUUGCACAAUUUAUAAUACUUUGCUGCAGUAAGUGUUUCUUAUCAGGAAAUAAUAAUCAUAUUUCUUGAAGACUGCUAAAAUAACCACAUUUUAUUGCAGGGAUUUCCUGUCCUUGUUUUCAGUUUCAUAUAAAAGCUCUGACUGUGCAAAAUGUAAGUCAUAGUGAAUGCUAUGCUUUUUAAGUAUCCUUAAGCACUGGCGUUAUACUGUACCCACACUAACUUUCACUGUGACAUUAAUAUUGCUUUGCUACAUCAUCCCAUGGUACUGUACUUCUUCCUGUUAAAGUAUAGCACAUUGCGCAAUGGGGUGCAAAAUAUCUUGCCGUGGAUUGCUCUACAUUUUCAUUGCAGUUCUUUUAUAAAUGGUUAUGAUUUACAGUUUGUCUGUAACAGGAAUUAAAAUAAGUGGCCAGUUUAAAUACUUUUUUUAUUUUUCAUACAAAUCAAUGUAUUGUGUGGAAACAGCAGAGAAACAAACACUGGCUUCAGCAGAUAUUGCUGUCUGAGAAGUCACAGCAACAUACAGAAUAGAUAGAUAGAUAGAUAGAUAGAUAGAUAGAUAGAUAGAU